ACAGACUCGGCAGAGCAGGUGUGUGCAGGCCACGGGCCAGCAAUCGGCCGCCGAUGAGCACGCCGGUCUCCGGGAGGCGGCGCUGCGUGCGGAUGGCGCGCGUGCGUUGUUGCCAGUGAGACAGAGCAGGCAACCAGUCUCCCUCGUGCCUGGCGUCCCGCGUGGUUCGUUUGGAGUCGUUCGCCGACGGAUUAGCGCGCCCCGCUGGUGGAUGGGAACCCGAGGCUGAACGCCACGGUGCCCACGGACCCCCUCCAGCUGCCGCCGCCGCCAGAGAAGCGCCCGGCCCGCCGUUCCGUCCUGAGGCUCGCCGUCCGCGCCCUGGUGCUCCGUGGGACACUCACGAUGGUCGGCAAGCUGGUGGUGUCCCUCUGUGCUGUGGCGGCCGUACUCGCGGUCGUCUUUGACCGCGGCACCGCUGUCGCCGACCACCUUGACCAUUGCCCUUCGGAGUGUGAUUGUCACGGACUCACGGUUGACUGUAGUAACCGUGGACUCAAGUUUGUGCCCCGCAACUUACCGCCGGAAGCCAGACGACUGGAUCUGGAAGGCAACAACCUCACCAUUAUACAGAAGGAUGACUUCAAGGGGAUGAAGAAGCUGCGAAUUCUGCAACUCAUGGAAAACCAAAUUCACAUCAUCGACAGGAGCGCCUUUGCGGAUCUCGUUACCAUGGAACGGCUACGGCUCAACAACAACCGGCUUCGUUCCCUCCCGGAUUUGCUGUUUGCGUCCAUGCCCAAUCUCCAUCGACUGGAUCUCAGCCAUAACAAGCUGACCAUGAUCGGCAGGAAAAUGUUCAAGGGUGCCCCGCUCCUGAAAAACCUGCAGAUAGACAACAAUGAGAUAGCGUGUAUAGACGACGGCGCCAUUCGUGGCAUGAGAGACAUGGAAAUUUUGACACUCAACAAAAACAACCUAACUGUGCUCGAAAAAGACCUCUUUGAGGGGAUGCCUAAACUGAGGGUCUUACGAAUAUCGGAAAACCCGUUCUCCUGCGAUUGUCACCUCUCCUGGUUGGCGUCCUGGCUCCGGCGAAAUUCUAGGCUCGGUCUGUUCACCAAGUGUAGCAUGCCAUUCUACCUGAAGGGCAAAUCCAUCGCUGAGCUACAGGAGGAGGACUUCAGAUGCGUAGGCACUUCCCGAGAGCCUUUGAAGGACUGUGUGAGAGAGCCCAUGUGUCCGUACCCAUGUUCCUGCUACGAUGGCGUUGUGGACUGCCGCGAUAAAGGACUGACGAGGAUACCGGAAAAUAUUCCGGAGACGACGACAGAACUUCGGCUCGAGCAGAAUCAAAUAACGGACAUCCCACCACAUGCCUUUACACCAAUGAAGAGACUGCGGAAAAUAGAUCUAAGCAACAACGAGAUCGCGAAGGUUGCUGCUGAUGCGUUCAGUGGUCUAAAGUCGUUGACGUCCUUGGUACUGUAUGGCAACAAGAUUACCGACUUGCCUCCUGGUAUAUUCCACGGAUUGGUGUCUUUACAACUUCUGUUGCUGAACGCUAACAAGAUAUUGUGUGUCCGGAAAGACACAUUUCGGGACCUCCACAACCUGAAUUUGCUGUCCCUGUACGACAACAACAUCCAAGCUCUUGCCAACGGAACGUUCGCUGCGCUCCACAACAUUCAAACCCUGCACCUAGCGCGGAACCCAUUCAUCUGUGACUGCAACUUACGAUGGCUGGCGCUGUACUUGCACAAGAACCCGGUAGAAACGAGUGGGGCCCGCUGCGACCACCCCAAGCGAAUGCAUCGACGUCGCAUCAGCCAGAUGGGUGAAGGCAAAUUUAAAUGUAAAGGUGCUGAGGAGUACAGGACUCGAUUGGCAGGAGAAUGUAUCAUAGACCGCGAGUGUCCAGAGAACUGCGUCUGUGAAGGAACUAUUGUGGACUGUUCCCGAAAGAACCUUGGGGAUAUUCCAAAUGAUCUUCCGAUGUUCACGACAGAAUUGCGACUGAAUGACAACAGCAUCGCUAAAGUUCGGAACAGCGGGGUUUUCAAGAAGCUACCAAACUUGAAUAAGCUAGACCUGCGAAACAAUGAGAUCACAGAUAUUGAAGACAACGCGUUUCUUGGUGCUGGAGCACUAUCGGACUUAUUAUUGACCGAAAAUAAACUGAAACAUGUUCGUCCGAAAAUGUUUGCUGGAUUGACAAACAUCAAGACUCUGAUGCUGCGAACUAACGAACUAACGAGUAUUACUAAUGACACCUUCGCUGACUUGGACUCUGUGCGCCUUCUGUCGCUCUACGAUAACAAAAUCAGGUGCAUAAUGCCUGGCUCAUUUGAGCGUAUGAGUUCCUUGUCCACAUUAAAUCUAUUAGCGAACCCAUUGAAUUGCAACUGUCACCUAAAGUGGCUUUCUGACUGGCUGCGUAAGAAGAAUAUCGUCACUGGAAAUCCACGCUGUCAGACUCCUACUAAUCUAAAGGAUAUUCCUAUUCAGGAUGUCGAAUCAAAAGACUUCGAAUGUGGGGACGCUGAUAUAUACGAGGGAUGUGGCUCUGACAGCCUCUGUCCACACGGUUGUACCUGCAACGGGAACGCUGUCCAUUGCUCCCGGCAGCGUCUCAAGGCGUUUCCCAAGAACAUGCAAGUGACAACAACUGAGCUGUACUUGGACGUGAACGAUAUCGCUGUAGUUCCCAAGGAGUUGAACCUGCUGAAGGACAUCACAAGACUGGACCUUAGCAACAAUCAGAUUUCUGUUUUACCGAACAAUAUAUUCUCAAAUUUGUCCAAGCUUGCCACGUUAAUAAUAAGUUACAACAAGCUCCAGUGCAUACAAGUGGACGGGUUUCGAGGGCUGAAGUCGCUCCGCAUUUUGUCGCUCCACGGAAACGAUAUCUCCAUGAUCCCAGAUGGCGCUUUUAGGGACCUCCAGUCAAUCACGCAUAUAGCCCUAGGAGCCAAUCCCCUAUACUGCGACUGCAACUUGCGGUGGCUCUCUGAUUGGAUCAAGAAGGAUUACAUUGAACCCGGCAUCGCUCGUUGCUCCGAGCCCCAUUCCAUGAAGGAUAAAUUGGUUCUUACGGCGCCGUCCAACCGCUUUGUCUGUACUGGAAAACCAGAGCCUGAUGUUCUUGCGAAGUGCGACGCCUGUUUCACAUUCCCAUGCCAGAAUGGGGCGACAUGUCAAUCGGUGCCACUCCGUGAUUACGAAUGUACAUGCCCUCCGGGAUAUCACGGCCGUAACUGCGAAUAUGUUAUCGACGCCUGCUACGGAAAUCCUUGUGAAAACCACGGCACUUGCAAGGUCUUAGAAGCAGGCCGUUUCAGUUGCCACUGUCCUCCAGGCUUCGAUGGCGAACGCUGCGAAAUCAACAUAGAUGACUGCAUCGACAACAAAUGCGAAAAUAAUGCUACCUGCAUCGACCAGAUAGACGGCUACGACUGCCUUUGUCCACAAGGUCAUACAGGGGAAUAUUGCGAGAAGAAAAUACAUUUCUGCAGCAAAGAAUAUAACCCUUGCAAGAACGGCGCUACCUGCGUUGACCAUACAACUCAUUACGCGUGCGCAUGCGCGGUGGGAUUCACUGGAGACAACUGUACUGUUAACAUUGACGACUGCAAAGAAAAUCUCUGCGUAAACGGCGCUACUUGCGUGGACGAAGUGAACAGCUACAGGUGUAUUUGUCCUGCUGGUUUCAGCGGCACGUUUUGUGAACUGGUGCCUAUGGUCGCCAUGUUGUACCCGAGAACAAGCCCUUGUCAACACCAUGACUGCAAGCACGGCGUAUGCUUCCAGCCCAGCGGUUCAUCUGAUUACAUCUGCAAGUGUACUCCGGGCUUCACCGGGAAGCGAUGCGAGUCGCUGUCUAGCGUCAGUUUCCGUGAAGACUCCUACUUAGAGUUUGAUCCUCUCCAGACGAAACCAACGGCAAACAUUACUAUUAAGUUUGCUACGAAACAGGAAUACGGCGUCAUUGUAUACAAUGGGGAUACGCAUCACAUGGCCGUGGAACUGUUCAAAGGUAGGAUCAGAGUAAGCUAUGACGUGGGAAACUAUCCUGUCUCGACGAUGUUCAGUUUCGAGACCGUGCCAGAUGGCGAAUACCACACGGUGCAACUGCUCAUGGAGAAGAAGAAUUUCACCAUGACUGUAGAUAGUGGUGUGCCACGAACCAUUGUAAACGAAGGCCCCAACGACUAUUUGGAAGUGAAGACGCCGUUGUACAUCGGUGGUCUUCCACAAGAGGCCGCUACGCAGGCAUCCAGAUUCUGGCAUCUUCGGAAUACAUCCAGCUUUUUAGGAUGUAUGAAAGAGCUCUUUGUCAAUGGGAAGCCUAUGGAUAUCAUGAACGCCCGAAAGCAGCAACGAGUGUCUCCAGGCUGCUCAGAGUACGAUGAUCCGAAGCCAUGCAAAAACCACCUCUGCAAGCGAGGGAAGUGUGUUGCCGUGGACCGGUAUAAUUACGAGUGUAGCUGCAGAAGUGGGUGGAGUGGCCCGUUUUGUGACCAGGCACCAACCUGCCAGAAGGAACAGUAUCGGGAACACUUUGAAGAAAGGGGUUGCAAAUCCCACAAAAAGGUGAAGAUGGCCGAGUGUAUCGGUUCCUGCGGAGAGCACUGCUGCCGAGCGCAAAAGACAAAGCGGCGCAACGUCAAAAUGGUGUGUCCGACGGGGAGAACGUACACAAAGCAGCUGGAAGUCAUCCGCAAAUGUGGUUGCUCGCGAAAGUGCUAGGGAUCACGACAUGGCCCAUGUGCCACAGUGACGAUGCGGCCACCAUGUGCUGUUUUGAACACUAAUGACUGCUCUCUGCUAUGACACUUGAACUGCCACGCUCCAACCAGAGGUAGCGAACGUCACCUUUCCGCGAAACGUCGUCUUUACCUCAGCGACUGGCGCCAUUUGUUGACGACACUGCUGGCUUCGGAGUCAGAGGGACAUUGUGCGCAGCCGCCCAUUCAGAGGGAAGAGUUGGUGCUUGCCGUGGCAAAACGUCGUGACUCACAUUCGUUAAUAUCCCAGUGUCCCCCAUCCUCUACUCCUUCUACACAAUUCUGUAGAAUUGCCAAGUGCAAUCAUUGUUACUCUUAUCUCAUUAUUAUUUGUAGAGCACCUUACAUCGCAUACUGUUACACGUAAUAUGUAUCGCGGUUUGUGUAUGCAUCAACUCAUUGCAGUGUACAUGGUCACAACGCCAUUGUUUUCACGGGGUUUCUUAACAACUACUAAGUGCCAUUGGAUCUGCUAGAAAAAAGAAAAAGAAAGUGAUUCUUUGAGAGUACUUACGCGUGAACGUGGCUUACGGCUCAGAAGUGAGUUCUUCGGCUAAGGACGUAUUGGGUACGCCAUGAAAAGGCGUUACUGCGUGCUGCAGCUCGUUGGCAUGAAUGCCUAGAAUUCGGAACCGUUUACAGGCACAGCCGGGAUGCACGAUACACGUAGAGAAGUUGGUAGCGAUUUCUCUAUCACAGUUUCCCCUGCCUUCAGUAAGGCAGGCGAUGCACGACGCUUCCAUCUCGCGCUUCUAGGUCAUCGUCUCCUACAAUCACAGGCAUCUACCGCCAACCUUAUGAAUUUUGGUGCUGUGCACUGAAAUACAACUAAACGGCGUUCGCCUUGCUUUGCACCAAUAAGCGCACAGACUGCUCGCAGAUGCUGGAACCGCGGACCGAUCAUGCUCGCCAGCUCUUACUGACAAACCUCGCACUCUCGAUCUCCUUUUGCGGAUGGUGUUAUCCUACGCCACGUUAUCCUACGCUAGGUUUUCACAUUAUCGCAUAGUUCACAUAAUUUCUAUUUGUAAUCCAUACAAAAAUGCGUGACCUGCAACAAAUAGAGCAAGUGCAUGGACUUGUCUGUCUAGCUUUGAUUAGGGGAAGGCAGGCGCGAAAAACUUGUUGGUGAAACGCAGUUUAAGUUAAGUACUCGCUCUUGGUUUUCAUCGGUUCCUCAUGCGGUUCAAGCGAGAGCCACCAGACUGCUACUUAUUGGCGCAAGGCAAUGAUAUGAUUGUAGUUCAUAUUGUAGCGCACUGUACAUCACGCGUCCUAAGGCGAUCACAUAGAUAAUGUGUCAUCCAGGUAGCGGGUCACCAUCUCCAGGGAAGCGCUAGUAAAACAAACGUUUCUCAAUCUGACAGGACAUGGCACGGCACGACACGAAAAGAGUGCCGAAGUUUGUCCCUGUAGCACCGCGUACGUUUUUGGUUAAACAAAGGCGUAAGUUAAGCUUAAUGCGCAGUUAUCCGACGUGGACGGGUCAAUAUCGCAGACCACUAUGGCGCCGUGGUUGCAGGCCAGCGUUGGGUCCAUUCUUGUUUGAGAUAUUUAAGCAUUUGUAUAAAGUAGCUAACUAUUGUGUGAGAGUUCAACGUUAACACUGUUUACACGCGCAGAAAUAAGAUAUUCACUCUUAGACACACGAGGCGAAUAUCGUCCACGGUUUCUUUUUUUAAUGUAUGUAAAGUACAACGUGGCAUGUACAGUUAUGUGUAAACGCCCCUUGAGUUACACACAGGCACCCAAAAGUAGAUUGUACGAGCUGAUCUUUCUUCUUUGUUUUUAACCUGUAAAAACUUUGUGACAAAACAAGAGAUUUAUAUGUUGUAUGUAGAACCAGAGUCUGAUAAUAAAGUGUCCAAAUUGGUUC